AUGUUCCUAAAAGCAUUCCUGCCGCUUAUUUUGGCAUUUGAGCUUGUCGAAGUUCAAGCCGAUUGUGUUUUACCUUCGUUCUUCGGUGUUCCCGUUGGAACUAUCGUUGCGUUCGCCGGUAAAACACCUCCAAGCAGAUGGUUAUGGUGCGAUGGGUCAGAAAUACCGCGUGCGCAGUAUAGCGCCCUGUUUGACGUUAUUCAGAAUUCCUUUGGCUCAGAUAUAAGCUCUACUAAUUUCAAAUUACCAGAUUUGACAGCGAAGUUUCUUUUGGGCCAGAGCCUUAUGCCUGGAUCGAACUUUGCUACAGGUGGUAGUAGCACGAUUACAUUGACAGAAAAUCAACUUCCAUCACAUAAACAUGGGACCGGGACAAUAACUAUCGAAAGUUCCGGUUCACAUAUUCAUAAUGUUACUGAUCCUGGUCAUGACCAUGGAGGAUUUACAGGUUCGGCACCGGGGUCUACGGGAAAUUCCGGCCAAGGUGGAAAAUUGAAUUCAGCACCUGCGGGCACUCACAACCACAAUAUUAUUGCAGGCAAAACAGGAAUAACAAUCAACUCAGCCGGCGAUCAUUCGCAUAGUGUUUCUGGUGAUACAGCUUCAGUGGGUAACGGAGCGUCAAUUAACAUCAUGCCACCUUACCAAACAGUCAAUUAUAUUAUAUAUGCUGGAUGCGAUUCUUGA